CAAAUAUUACAGGAAGACAAAAAAGGAAUAUUCAUUCUCCACAGUCUAAUAUUUUAUUAAGAUCACGCUUAACAACUUACAAUCAGAAAAGAAAACCUUUUUGUCAACCAAAAAGAGCACGAAAGAAAAGGAAACCUCGUCGUUGUCCACUUAGAAUAGCUGAAUUAGCUGUACCAUCAAAAAGACAAUGCCUAGACACAUGGAGAAACAAAUAUUAUAUAUUGCCUGAUUUUAUGGUGGAAAGAUUAAAACAACAUGUUUUGGAUCAGAGACCAAUUGUUGAAAUAUCUGAUGCAAUAUAUUGUUUCAAGACACGGACACACAGACCUCCACCAAAAAGGAUGUGUAAAAACGAAAAAUUUUGAAUGUAUCUCGAAUUAUUUCCAAGCGGAAACCAAAACCUUGUGCGCCAUAUUUGGUCAUAAAAUAGCUCUGUACCUAAAUAAACCUAUGGCUAUAAGCUUGACUCCUCGUUUGGAAAGGAUCUCGAAAAUAGUUUCAGAUGAAAUAUGGUAUUUGCUACGAAAAAAAAUAAGCAUGAAUAAGACUGUGAAUCAAAAAAUUCUUUACGAAACGGCUGCAAAAGUAAGUGUAUGGAUGGAACUGAUCCUUGAAGAAACUACUUACAAGCUUCAAGAGGAUGAAUUAGCUGAUUUAGAAGAAGAAAUAGGACCAAUUUUGGACCUUAUAGAUGACUUAGUUGAGAAUGCAUUGGAAAUUUGUGUCCCAGAUUCAUUACAUUCCGUGUUAAGCGUUGAAGAAUCGAAACAAAGUUCACUUACCGAAGAAUAUGAGGAAAAGGCUGCAUCUGAAAUCUCUUUUCGGAAAAACACAUGGUUUAGAGGAGUUUCAGACAGUGGGUGAAGAUUAUGAUGUAAU